GGAGCCCAGCAGCGGCUGGAGGUAAACAGCCAUGUGCGGUCCUGCACUCUAUAUUUAACAGCUGCCACAGAGAAGGCAGCAAGGCCUGGAGAGGUGGCGGCUCUGGGGGCAGCGCUUGCCUCCGGGAGAAGGCCCUCACAGGGCCGCUGGCACCGGCCCUCACGGUGUCACCGUCACCAUGCCAGCCUCGCAGAGCCGGGCCCGUGCCCGGGACCGCAGCAACGUCCUCAACCGGGCCGAGUUCCUGUCCCUGAACCAGCCCCCCAAGGGGGUCACAGAGCCCCGAAGCUCGGGUAGGAAGGCAUCCGGCCCCUCAGCACAGCCCCCACCCCCUUGCGACGGGGCCCGGGAGCGGCGCCAGUCCCAGCAGCUGCCCGAGGAGGACUGCAUGCAGCUGAACCCCUCUUUCAAGGGCAUUGCCUUCAACUCCUUGCUGGCCAUCGACAUCUGCAUGUCCAAGAGGCUGGGGGUAUGUGCCGGCCGGGCCGCGUCCUGGGCUGGUGCCCGCUCCAUGGUCAAGCUCAUUGGCAUCACGGGCCACGGCAUCCCCUGGAUCGGGGGUACCAUCCUCUGCCUGGUGAAGAGCAGCACACUGGCUGGCCAGGAGGUGCUCAUGAACCUGCUUCUGGCCCUGCUCCUGGACAUCAUGACGGUGGCCGGCGUGCAGAAGCUCAUCAAGCGGCGUGGCCCCUUCGAGACGAGCCCCAGCCUCCUGGACUACCUCACCAUGGACGUCUACGCCUUCCCUGCCGGGCACGCCAGCCGCGCGGCCAUGGUGUCCAAGUUCUUCCUCAGCCACCUGGUGCUGGCGGUGCCCCUGCGCAUCCUGCUGGUGCUCUGGGCCUUCUGCGUGGGGCUGUCACGUGUGAUGAUCGGGCGCCACCACAUCACAGACGUCAUCUCCGGCUUCGUCAUCGGCUACCUCCAGUUCCGCCUGGUGGAGCUGGUCUGGAUGUCCUCCAACACCUGCCAGAUGCUCAUCUCCGCCUGGUGAGCCUGUGCCCGAGGCUUGUGGCGGCCAGGAAGAGCCGGCAGGAAGCGGCAAGGCCAGCAUGGGCAGGCGGACUGCGCAGCCCCGCCUCCUCUUCCCCCUCCUGGCCGGACGCUGGCGACCUCAGGCGGGCCCGGCUGGUGACCGGUGGUAUGUCUGGUAGCACUGGGGCCCCUGCUCCCCAGGCAGCCCGAGCCCUGCGUGGGGACUGCCCUGCUUCACUUCUGCACCGGAGGAAGCAGGUGAGAACCCGGCCAGCGGAGUCUCGGUCUUGCAUCAUCAUGCGGCUGUCGAGCUCUUGGCCGCACUCACCGGGCCACAGUACAACAAGCUGUCCUUGGCCAUCCACAGGGCCACAGAUAGCUCAGGGCAGCCCUUUCACAGGGUGCCCCCCUGGACAGUGGCCUGGGGAAGAAAAGGGUUUCAUGGUCAACUAAAUUUGGGGGCAGCCGCACCCCCUGCCCCGUGUCGGCCACGCGCGAGGGCUGUUGCCGUCACGCAGGCUCUGCCAGGUCCUGCAGAGCAGCCUCCUGUCGCCCGUGUUUCCUCGGCUUAUCGACCACGGGGCCCUUUUCUCCGGGGACAGCUGCCAACCCCUGAGGGGCCGCUGUCGCCUCCAGCCCAUCUGGGGAGAUGCUGCCCAGCAGCCGAGGGGCCUGAGGUGUGAGCUGGCCUCUCCCAGCGCUGAGCAGGGCCACAGCGGGUAGAAAGCCCACGCCCGUGGGCGUCGGUGCCACUUUGGCCCCCAGGGGCCGGACUCCGUGUGACCUAAUAGGUCGUUUCCAAGUCAGCCGUUAUGGAGGUGCGUUUCAUGUGACAAUACAGAUGACAUGCAAGCGGA